AUGUCGCUCACGCACCGCAAGCGGCUGGUUGCCAAGCUCAGGGAGCCAGUCUCCCCUUUACUGCCUGCCGAGGACCCUGAUUCCCAGCCCCCCAGUAGUAAGCGGCUCCGUCUUGAGGAGCCUGGCGGUGUCUCUGAGGCGAAAUGGAGGCUGCCUUUGGUGCCUCGCUUGUCUGAGGAGGAAAAAGUCUGGGAGUUGUCGCCCAGACCUUUCAAGGCGCUCCUUGUUUCGGGGAACGUGAUUUUCGAUAAUUCCACAGACUUGCAUGUGGAGAAAUCAGCCAGUGAGAUGCAGAUAUGUAAUCUGAGAUGCCAACAUAGCCAAUUUGAGAUGAAGAGUUGUGUGCAAUCGCCCCCCUCACAAAGUUUUGAUUCUGAUUUGAGGGCUUCCAGAAGUUCUUCGGAACCAGGACUGAAUGUCAGGGAGGUUUUCAGUGUGCACUGCAGUGAUAGAGCCCAAGCAGAAGUUGGUCAGCUUCUGCCCAACGCCUCUGUACACGAUAUACAUCGAGUUAAAAAGGAGGAUGGAAAACAAUAUCUAGUCCAAGGAAGAGACAAUAGUCAGCAAGACAAUAGUUAUAUAAAACAGACAGAAAAUCUAUUCUUGGGUGUUACCUUUUACAAGGAAACUGAAUCAACAUUUCAUGAAAUUAAAAACAUAUGUAAAGCUGAUCCUGUCAUGCCAUCAAAUGUAAAAGAAAACAACACCUUUUCAGUAUCUACUCUAAAAAUACCAAAAUCUCAAAACAAGCCCAGCAAGGAAAUUGCCAAACCUAGCUAUUUUAGAGCUAGCAGCACAAUAAGUAUCCCUGAGUUUCCAACUGAUUUAAAUAACAAAAUGUGCCCUGUCUAUUUAAAGGAAAUAGCAAAGAAAAAGAGUGACAAUGAUGAGACAUAUGUUAGGGAUUUCACAAACAUUUACUGGUCCCAAAAUAGACUGUAUGUUAAGAAGCAAAAGUUAAAGGAUGAUAAAAAAUUUGUGGAUGCAGAAAAUAUUUUUUCUGAAUGUUAUGAAAGUAACCACCAGUCACUCAGCAACCAAAGUAUUUGUGUGAGAAAAAAAGACCUUAUCAGUUUACACUACUAUAACCACAGUAAUAUUGAGUCUGAUGUAAGAGACUCUGAAAAGAAUUUUACUAUAAAACUACAAAAUGAAAAUUGGGAAGAAGCAAAAACACACCUGGACAGUUACAUAUAUACCAGAUUAGAAAAAUCUCAAAGCUGGGACUGUAAUAUUAGACAUAUUUUGAGAAAAAAGAGGGAAAAUAGUUGGAUUAUGGAUAAUUACAAAACUAAAUGUGAAAAUAUGAAAAAAACUGGAGAAAAAUUGAAUUUGCUAUGCUUACUAGAAAUAGAUCUUUUCAGCAAAGUAGAUGAUUAUAAUACAAAAGUCAUGAAUACACAUGAAGAACAAUCAAAGCUUUUCAUGAUAGCAACACUGAGUCACCAAAAAGCUUUAAUAAAUUGUUUUUGGUUAAAUGCUGAAGGAGAAAACAAUAAUAUGCUACAGUUGAAAUAUUAUAGUACACAAAAAGGCUUUUCUUUAAGCCAUAUGUUUGAGAGUUUCAUUACAGAAAGUUUUUGCUUCUGUGAAAGUAUUUUAGGAAAUGAAAAAGAUAAUAUUUUAAAUUGGUAUGAAAUUUUGAAGUGUAUAAAGCAAAUUGAUGUUCAAAAUCUAAUAACAAGGAAUAUGAAUGUCAAUAGAGAGACUAAUAUUUUAAGCAUAUAUUUACAAACCGAUGUUUCAAAACCUCUAAAUAUCAUAUGGAAAACCAACAUAACUUCUUUGCUCAAUAACUUUGACUUUUUACCCAGAAUUGAAAAUGAUUCUAAAUUAGAAGAGGGAAGCAUUUUCAAAUGGAUAUUGUAUUUGGAUUAUCCAAAAAAUGUGGUGAAAAAUCAUAUUGUAUAUCUAGAAAGGACUUUAACUUUUUCAAAACUAUUAAAAUAUAAUAUAAAACCUAUGUUAGAGAAAAGAAAGCUAUUUAAAACUGAACAAGUUUUUGAAGAGUCUAAGAAAAACCCCAUCAAUUCCUUUGGUAUGACAACUAAAAAUAUACAUUUUCCAAUUUUUGAAAUAUAUGAAAAAAUUCUUCUUUCAAUGGACUGUGAUGACAUGGACAAAAUUUCUUUGACAAAAGAAAUUAGUUGCAAGAGUAAGAAUUGUCCUGAACAAGUCAUGAAUAUGGAAAAUUGGGACCACUGUAGUACUAAUACAAUUAAAACACAUGUUAAGUCUCUUCCUGAAUUCACACAGAACAGCUAUGAAUAUAUUAAUGAAAAAUUUUAUGAAAUCAAUAUUCACAACCAAGAUUUAGAUACAGAAAGAAAACUGGAGCAUAAUAAGAUCAGUAGCUUUAAUUUUAAGUACAUAUUUGAAGAUUUCUUCAAUAUUAGGCAAAAAACCACGCUGCCAAGCCACAGCACAGAACAUAGUAAACCAACCAAUUCCACGAUCAUAACUCAGGUGCUCAAUUUUGAGAGUUUGCUGAAAAGUGAAAUUGAAGGAAAGAAACAUGACUUAAUUUUGAAGGAGGAAGAAAAAGCUACAGUACAAAGUUUAACAAGCAAUUGCCAAGUUCAUAAAGAUAUUAAGAUAAGAAAGGAAGAGAAAAAUAGUUUUUAUUCAAUGGACGGCAUGCUUUCUGUGCAACCAGUUUCCUUAAUGAGAAAGAAAGUAAAUGUGGAAAAAACUAAAUAUGUUAAUCAAAAUAAUCUAGCUGACAGAAAUAAAGAUGAGAGUAUUUUGCAAGAAAGUGAGUUAGCUAAUUUAAAGCAUUUUCAUCCAAAGAAUGACUUUACAGAAUGUGUUAACUAUCAAUUUGAAACUGAUCUGAGCAUAGGGAACAAUGAAUGUUUUCAGGACUUAACUGCCAAGUGUUUAUCAACAGAAGCUCUGACAAUAGCUAAAGAUUUUGAGACGAAAAGUAAAUUUGAUUUAGUACUUGAAGAACUUCGUAUGUUUCACGAAAUUAGUAAGGAAAAUGAAAUGCUAAGUGUCAUGGAAACAAACAAUGGGCAAGGAAAUUACUUUGGAGAAAAUAAUGGUGUUGAGGAGGUAAAAAUGGAGAUUAAAAAAGAUUUGAAAAUGGGUACAGUCAACAAAAUAUGUGCAUCGUCUUUGCUCUGUGAUACUGUAGCAGUUCCUAAUAUGCAUAAAAGACACCAAAGUUUAUUUAAAUGGAAACCAGUACCCCAAAAUAAAGAACAGGAAGUUCCUAAUGAAUGUUGCUACCCAAGAACAUCAGAGGAAGAAGUACUCUAUUCUACGUCUGAGGAAGAUUGUGAGAAACCUUCACCUAAAAGACCUGCUUUUUUCUCUGAUGAAUUUAAGGAAGAAAAAUCUAAUUAUUUCCUGAAGGGAGGUAGUAAUUUUUCACAUGGAAUUUCAAGAGUACUACCUCUUAAGACAUGCAGUCGACCAAUCAGAAUUGGUUUGUCAAGAAAAGCUAAGCUGAAACAACUUCAUCCCUAUCUAAAAUAAAUAUGUUACGGGAAGUUAAAAGAAGAUAUUGGACUUUAA